AUGUGGCAACUUCGUCAGCACAAACUGUUCAAGUCUGCCAAGAGAAAUGCAAUACGAGUCGAUGAUUUUGAGAGUGAUGAAGAUCUUCCCUAUUCGAACGAAGACAGUGAAGAUGACUAUGAAGAUGAAGAGAGUGGAAGAGGAAGUUUCAUUACUUUGGAGGGAGAUGGAGAGGAAGAUGAUGAAGAAUACAAUCAUGACGAUUCGGAUGAUGAGUAUCGGGAUCAUCAUUUUUCUCACUCUCGUUUUCGAGGCUAUUCACGAAAUAGAAAUUUAUUGCGAAAAAACAAAACACCAUCAAAAAGAGGAGGUAAUGGCAUUGAUCAAACUCAUCGCCUCAAAAAACAGAAAUAUGAAAAGUUAGAGUGUACAUUAGUAUUAGGAGUGGUUAUUUUUGGAUUAGUCUUAUUAUUGAUUUUGGGAUUUAUUACAAUAUAUACUAAAUCAAGCAAUAAUCAAAUUCUGAAAAAGGAAAAUGAGAAAGGUUUUACAGUUCAUAAUGCAAAUGAGGACGAGACAAACAUUGACCAUGCUGAUGGUCACCACUCACAUUCUCACAUUUUGAGAGGAGAUGCCAAACAUGGGAAGAGAAAGGCUCGAACGAAAAUUCACAAAACUCGCUCUCAUCACCAUGUAGCAGGAAAUUCAUCGUCAUUCGAUCACUUUGACAUGUCAGAAAUGAUCUUGCCAGUGUUACCAUUUGAUGAAUUCAUAUUUGAAAACACUCCAAUUUCUAAACAUCGCUUUUACACAAAGGACAAAAUGAGUAUUCAUAAAUUUGACAAUGCCCACCUUGGAAAAUAUACACCCCUUGUAUCUGUCAUAACUACAUGCAGACAAAUGGAAGAUUUCUUUAAACAUACAAGAGACUCAAUUGUUCAUCAAACUUUGAAGUAUUUUGAAUGGAUAAUAAUUAGCGAUGCAAACAAUGCAAGAGACCAACCAAAAGAUUUUUUGCUGAAAGCUCUCAGGUUAAGCCCAAAAACAAAUUUAUUUUCACAAACAGAUACAGAGUCAAUUUUUAAAAGCGACAAAAUAACUCUUAUACAAACGAUGAAAAAGCAUUCUACAGGAGGGUUAAGAAAUAUUGCUGCCAAGCAUACAUCCCCUUACUCGAGAUAUCUCAUGUUUUUGGAUUCAGGAGACAUGUUGGAGCCCUCUGCUUUGGAAAAGAUGUUUUUAUUUAUUGAGAUACAAAAAGAAUCGAAGAAAAACCAAAAGAAGUCUCUUAAAACUAUAUCAUUGAUUAAUUCAUACAGCGUGGAGUUUUCUAAAAUGCAUCAUUUCAAUUUUGAAAAGUACCAAGAUGUUGCUCAUAAGAUCCCUUUUGAAAAAAAGGUAUCCUCGGGCUUCAUGAUUGAGAAGGAGGUUUUUGAUAGUAUUGACGGAUUCAAUACUCAAUUUGAUCAUGGACUAGAGUUAUGGGAUUUUUGGAUGAAAUUUAUUAAUGCAGGACACAGAGCCUGGACCAUGUCAGAAAUAUUAAUUUGGAAUCGGGUGGAUGAGUUGAAGAAGAUAGGUACCAGAGUCGAACAUGAGCCCAGCUCGCAAGAACACGAAUUUAUAGAAAAUCACCUUAAACAAAACUAUCCAUCACUCUACAAAAAGAAAACGCUAGAAUCACUUAAAAAGAACGGUUACUUGACCAAGAAAACUGGCCAAGAAGUACAAAUUUCAAAACCCAUAAUUAGAAGAUUAUCAAAUCAACACCACAAAGUUCACAAAGGGAAUCACAAAUCUAUAUUGAUUAUUACAGAAAAUUUAAAUCACAACUUCCACAAACGAGAAGUUAUAAAACAAUUAUUGGCAGCAUUUAGUAUGGAAUACGGUUGGCAUGUCACAAUUAUCACAACUGAUGAAUCAGGGUUUAACCACCGUUACAAGCCAGAAUUUGAGAGAUUUACAAAUGAUGUCUUUCAUGUGAGAAAUAUUGUUGAUUCUAAUGAGCUAGUGAAUGAAAAGCAUGUAUCGCUCCUUGCCACUUAUUUAAUGAGCUCGAGGCAUAUCCACAAUAUUUUUAUUUUUGAAAGUCUCUUAGCUUAUAAGAUUUUACACAUGAUUCCACAAGCAAUGGCCGAUUAUACGCAUGUUAUAGAUUACAUGUACUCUGAUCAUACAACGGAGUACAUUAAGGACAGUGUCAAGAAUGACGCUCUUUUACACAAGACCUUUCUCUCAUCCAAUGAACUUUCUUCUCAUUUUGCCCAUUACCUAGAAAUUAAGUCGGACAAGAAGGCCUUACUGUUCCCUUCAGCUGUCAAUAAUCAAGAAUGGUCACCUUUGGUUUCUGCUAAAGAUUUUUCACAAUUCAUUUACCAGGAAGAGAAAGCACAACGAUUUUCAAUGUUAGGAGACAAACAAAUUUUGGAAUCUAUUCCUGAUGGCCAUGAACAUGACCUCUUAUUAAGCUAUUGGAUUUCUGGAGAGGAAACCGCUCGUUGUGACAGCAUUAUCCUCAAAAUUCUUUCCGCAAUAUUAGCCAACUCUCAAGAAAAUCUCACAAAAGUCAAAAUCCUACUCCUCACUGACAUUAGAUCAGCAGAAACCUAUCUGUUAGAUCAGCAUCCAGAUCCUCAAAAACGUACUUCCGAAUAUUUAUCUGAGCAAGCCAAGAUUGCUGUUCAAACACUUGCCCCAUUUGAAGAAUUAGCCAACAAAUUCCCAUCCAGAGUUUUAUUUGUCAAACCAACCAGACAAUCCACGACAAGAUCACUUCGUAAAAUUUUGAGACGUGUUGCUCCUCUUGCUCAAAUAACCUUACUGACCGAAACAUGUCCUCACCAAAUUGCCAAGGAUUCUCCUUCCAUCACACUUGCACCAACAAUUUUCCAAGCAAUGGCCAUCAAGAACGCAGUGAUUGCCCUCUACAAUCAUAAUCCAUCCCUAGAUUCCUUUUUCAACAAGUUUCACAUUGGAGGUUCAAUUCCUAUGACUGAUGACACUGAAAUGAUUUCCAAAGUUUUAAAUUUACUUGCUCAUUGGACACAGAAUCCCAACGAGCUACAGCAUAUUAGGAACAACAAUCUUGAGCUUUCUCAAAGUCAUUUCAACAUUCACAGCAUGGCUCAAACCAUCCACUCGAAUGCUGUCCACUAA